AUGGACAGCAGCACCUGGAUCCCCACACUUUCCACCACCCCUGCGCCCAUCCCGUCCCACGAGCGCAUCCGAAAUGCUGCUGACAUCUCUGUCAUUGUCAUCUACUUCGUGGUGGUGAUGGCCGUUGGGCUCUGGGCUAUGUUUUCCACUAAUCGUGGGACUGUUGGAGGCUUCUUCCUGGCAGGUCGAAGUAUGGUGUGGUGGCCGAUUGGGGCCUCUCUCUUCGCUAGCAACAUCGGCAGUGGCCACUUUGUGGGACUGGCGGGGACGGGAGCAGCUUCAGGCAUCGCUAUGGGAGGCUUUGAAUGGAACGCACUGAUUUUGGUGGUGGUGCUGGGCUGGGUGUUUGUGCCCAUAUACAUCAAGGCUGGGGUGGUGACAAUGCCCGAGUACCUACGGAAGCGGUUUGGAGGCAAGCGGAUCCAGAUCUACCUCUCCAUCCUGUCCUUGCUCCUCUACAUCUUCACCAAGAUCUCGGCAGACAUAUUCUCUGGUGCCAUAUUCAUCAAUAUGGCUUUGGGCUUGGAUCUAUACCUGGCUAUCUUUCUCUUAUUGCUGAUCACUGCUAUUUAUACUAUCACAGGGGGCCUGGCAGCUGUGAUUUACACUGACACCUUGCAGACGGCAAUUAUGUUGGUGGGGUCUAUUAUCCUGACUGGUUUUGCUUUUCAUGAAGUGGGAGGUUAUGAAGCCUUCAUGGAUAAAUACAUGAAAGCCAUUCCAACUGUAAUUUCUGAUGGAAACAUCACCAUUGAGGAAAAAUGCUACACGCCUAGGGCUGACUCCUUCCACAUCUUCCGAGAUCCUAUCACAGGAGACAUCCCAUGGCCUGGGCUCAUCUUUGGACUGGCCAUCCUUGCCCUGUGGUAUUGGUGCACAGAUCAGGUCAUUGUACAGCGUUGUCUCUCGGCCAAGAACAUGUCUCACGUGAAGGCCGGCUGCAUCCUAUGUGGGUACCUGAAGCUGCUCCCCAUGUUCCUCAUGGUGAUGACAGGAAUGGUCAGCCGCAUCCUGUACACAGAAAAAAUUGCCUGUGUCAUCCCCUCAGAAUGUGAGAAAUAUUGUGGCACCAAGGUUGGCUGUACCAACAUCGCCUACCCAACCUUAGUGGUGGAGCUCAUGCCUAAUGGACUGCGAGGCCUGAUGCUGUCGGUCAUGUUGGCCUCUCUCAUGAGCUCCCUGACCUCCAUCUUCAACAGCGCCAGCACCCUCUUCACCAUGGACAUCUACACCAAGAUCCGGAAAAGGGCAUCUGAGAAGGAACUCAUGAUUGCAGGAAGGUUAUUCAUCUUGGUCCUGAUUGGCAUCAGCAUUGCCUGGGUGCCCAUUGUACAGUCAGCACAAAGUGGGCAGCUCUUUGAUUACAUCCAAUCCAUCACCAGUUACCUGGGACCACCCAUUGCAGCUGUUUUCCUGCUUGCUAUUUUCUGCAAGAGGGUCAACGAACCAGGAGCCUUCUGGGGGCUGAUCCUAGGAUUCCUGAUUGGGAUAUCUCGUAUGAUUACUGAGUUUGCCUAUGGAACAGGAAGCUGCACAGAGCCCAGCAAAUGCCCCACGAUCAUCUGUGGGGUGCACUACCUGUACUUUGCCAUCAUCCUCUUCGUCGUUUCUGUUAUCACCAUCCUCGGCGUCUCCCUAAUGACCAAGCCCAUCCCAGAUGUGCAUCUCUAUCGUCUGUGCUGGAGUCUUCGCAAUAGCAAAGAGGAGCGAAUUGAUCUAGAUGCAGGAGAGGAGACCAGCCCGGAAGCCCCUGAGGAGACACUAGACAUUGAGACACAAGUUCCUGAGAAGAAGAAAGGAUGUUUCAGGCGGGCCUAUGACAUAUUCUGUGGGCUGGACCAGCAGAAGGGCCCGAAGAUGACCAAGGAAGAGGAGAAAGCAAUGAAGCAGAAGAUGAUGGACACUUCAGAGAAGCCCUUGUGGAGGACAGUUGUGAACAUCAACGGCAUCAUCCUGCUGGCCGUGGCUGUCUUCUGUCAUGCAUAUUUUGCUUGAGUCUGCUUCCUGUUGCAGACGGUUCACAA